AUGGACCCCUUUCUCCAAAAGAGACAGAUGUGCACCCCGCAACAGGCGACUGUCCUCACUGAGUCAGUAUUGCAGAUGCUGAUAUUUGAUAUGAGGCCGCUCUCCGUGGUCGAUGGUACCGGGUUUCAACAGAUGAUAGCCCAGUUCAACCCAGACUACGUCCUGCCAUCCAGAACCCAUUUCACCCACUUGAUGGAGCAGAAAUACAAUACAACGUUUCUGAAGGUAAAGGAGAUCCUAAAAGAGGUCAACAGCCCCCUCACACUGACGUGUGAUGUUUGGACCAGCUGUGCCACAGAGGCAUAUCUUGGAGUUUCAUGUCACUUUAUCACCAAAGACUGGCAAAUGAAGACGUUGAACCUCGCCACUCUACCUGUGGAGGAGAGGCAUACUGCUGUGAACAUCAUGAUAUGGAUGGAAGAGGUGAUAGAGAAAUCUGACAUCUUGCCUAGCAAAAUGAAAGUAAUAGUACACGACAACGGGUCUAACAUGGUGGCGGCAGCUCGACUCCUGGAAGAAAAACACGGUUGGUCUUCAGUCCGCUGUGCUGGGCACACCCUCCAACUUAUUGUCAACAGUGCCCUCAAAGAGCCCAGCAUCAACAAAGCUACUAGUGCUGCAAGAAGCUUAGUCGAGCACUUUAGGAGAAGUGAGCUAGCAAAUUCAACACUGAAGAAGAAGCAGCAGCAAAUGAACACCGCAGAGCACAAGCUGAUCCAGGACGUCAGUACGCGAUGGAAUAGCACUUAUUACAUGGUGGAGAGACUCCUGGAGCAGCGAUGGCCAGUCACUGCAACUCUCUCUGACCCUGAGGUAACAUCAAGAGGCAAGCACUACUGUGACCUGAAACCAGAGCAGUGGGUGCUACUUGAAGAGCUGGUGCAAGGGUUGGGGCCUUUUGAAUGUGCUACCGUUUUCCUCAGUGGACAGGAGUAUGCUACUGCUUCAUGUCUGCCACAGCUGGUCAAAGGGCUGCAACGGUCCAUACAGCAAACCCAGUUUGAGACGAGCUCAGGGAAAGCCUUUCGAGCCAUUGCAGGAAAAGGAAUAAGUGAGAGAUGGGAGAAUCUUAACACUGUAUCUGCAGAGAGAGACAACCCACUUGUCCUUGCAGCUGCCAUCGAUCCAAGAUUCAGAAAGAUGAAGUUUAUCUCACCUGAAGAUGGCACAAGGGUGCAAAGUACUGUUGAAGUUCUUGCCAUAAAAGAAGCAAAGGCCGAGACUGGGAUACAUGAUGACCCUGAGCUACAGCAGAGGAGGGGUAAUGUCCCAGGGGGAAAGUCAGCGCUGGAUAACCUGCUUCAGUCUGACAGUGACAGUCAGAGUGAGGAAGAGGAGGAAACCCAGGGGGACAAAAAAAUCCAAAUGGUGAGGAGGGAAGUUCACAUGUUCUUCACAGAGGCACCAAUAGCCAAACAGGAUGACCCUCUCAGCUGGUGGAGAGAAAACGAGGGGCGUUUUCCCACCCUGUCAAACUUAGCAAGAUCCCUUCUGUGCAUUCCUGCAACAUCCACCCCGGCAGAGCGAAUCUUCUCAGUAGCAGGAAAUAUCUGCUCCCAGAAAAGAACAAGCCUCACACGAGAGCAUGUGGAUGUGCUGACUUUUCUUAGCAUGAAUAAACUGAACGACAUAGCCUGA